GACUGCCUGCGUGCUGACGUCACGCUGAGAGCGUCAGCCAACGCGUGUCCUAUUCCUGGUUUCAGAAUAAAACGCCUUUUUCCUGCGGUGUCCUCGUGCAGUCUGCGGUGUUUUCUGUCAUUCAGGUGAGUCCCGCAGAGGCCUGCUGCUCCACUUCACACGCACGCGCUCUUCAGUGGGCAGCAGGAUGUCGACCACGUCCCAGAAACACCGGGACUUCGUGGGCGAGCCGAUGGGCGACAAAGAGGUGACGGCGCUGUCGGGAAUCGGAGAGAUUCUGGGGAAGAAGCUGGAGCAGCAGGGCUUCGAUAAGGCCUACGUGGUUCUGGGUCAGUUCCUGCUGCUGAAGAAAGACACCGAGAUGUUCACCGAUUGGCUGAAAGACGCCAGCGGCGCCAACUCUCGCCAGGCGGGAACCUGCGCUCAGUGUCUGAAGGAGUGGUGCGAUGCCUUCCUCUGAGACUCCUCCUCUUCCUCUUCCUCCCCGGCUCGCUCACUUCCUGUUUCUGAAGCGCCUAUCUGAGCAGCUCACCGCUGUCUAACGGCGGCUGGGGCUUCCUGCGCGUUUGUCCCGUUUUCCCGUUUCGGGAACGUUUCAACGAAGCUUUUGAGUUUUGUCUGCGGAGGGUUUGGUGUGUUCAGGGUCUGUGGGAACUUUUACCCUUGUGACACAUUAAAACGUCUAGCGCAUUA